AUGGAGGCUAAGAAGAUCAUUUUGUGUUUUUUGGUUGCUAGUGCUGAAUUUAGCCCCCGGGUGGAUAAAGGAACUGACACAGAGGAGGGGAUUGAGUUACCCUUGAAGCAGACAAAGAACAAGAAGUCUACAUUUGGGAGGAUCUGUGUUUAUGGUGCAAGUCGAAUGGGGUACAACGCAAACUACCAGAAGGCUGCCAUGGAAUUAGGAAAAGAACUGGCGGCCAGGGGCAUAAACUUGGUGUAUGGAGGAGGGAGUAAUGGAUUGAUGGGUGCUAUCGCACGUAUAGUCCAUGACAAAGGGUGCCAUGUGAAGGGAUUUAUUCCAAAGUCCUUGAUACCUAGAGAAUUAACUGAUGAUAGUAUAGGAGAGAUUGAAGUGGUGACCCACAUGCAUGAAAGGAAACAUAAGAUGGCUCAGAUGGCAGAUGCUUUUAUCGCUUUGCCCGGUGGAUAUGGAACGUUUGAAGAGUUGCUAGAGGUUCUUACGUGGGCUCAACUUGGGAUCCAUAAGAAACCAGUUGGCCUUUUAAAUGUUGAUGGCUUUUAUGAUUCAUUGCUGUCACUUUUCGACAAAGCCUUAAUGGAUCAGUAA